AUGCCAUUGCAACCUGAGCUUCUUCCUCAUCGCCAGCUUCUCGACAUCGCCAUGUCAUGGCACGGGCUCCUGGAGAGGGGCCUCACGCUGCCCAACGACACUCGAGUCGGGUCUGGUCGCGACGGCUCUAGCGGUGGUACUCUGAGCACGGCAAACGGCAACAAGACGGCUUCUCUGUCUAAGCUUGGUGCAACCUUUGCACCCGUUGCGAUAUACAUGAGCAUAUGCUUGGUCUGUUUCAUCUUUUUGCGGCCUCGGUUCAAGCGGGUUUAUGCACCGAAAACGAUCCCCAGUCUGCGAUACCCAGAAAAACCUACUCCUGAGCUGCCCUCUGGCCUAUUCAAUUGGAUCAAGCCCUUUUACAAGAUCCCAGACACUUACGUUCUCAACUAUGGCUCUCUCGACGCCUACUUUUUUCUUCGAUACCUCAAGGUGCUGCGGAACAUUAGCCUUGUUGGCUGCUGCAUCGUAUGGCCUAUCCUCUUUCCGAUACACGGCACCGGCGGCAAUGACCUCACCCAGCUCGAACUCUUGACGAUUGGCAAUGUCCUCACAGGAUCGACAAAGCUAUGGGCUCAUGCCUUUGUUGCCUGGCUAUUCUUUGGGUUUACGCUAUUUACAAUCGUCCGAGAGUGCAUCUACUUUGUUAACCUGCGCCAGGCAUAUCUUUCGUCGCCUUAUUAUGCUGAUCGACUCUCGUCCAGGACCAUGCUCUUGCUUUGUGUGCCCAAGCCUUACCGCGACGAAGCCAGACUUCGAAAGCUCUAUGGCGAUUCUGCGAAGCGAAUCUUUAUCCCACGCACGACUAAGGAACUUGCGAAUCUGGUCAAAGAAAGGGAGGAGACUGCUAUGCGACUAGAGAAAGCCGAGAUUGCUUUAAUCAAGAAGGCUAAUGCGGCCCGCAACAAGCAUUACCGCAAACAUCCACAGUCUGCUGGCGUGCGGCGUUGGUUCACAACAGGACGUGAAAUUCGAGCUUUGAAUGGACGAAAUAUUGAAGAUGGGAAAGACAUGUCAUCACAUAACGAGAUGAGCACUGUAGACAGCGGUGAAACUGUUCGACAGUCCAACGAGCCGAGGGAAGCGGUACUAUCUGAUAUCCAGGUUGUGCCGGAUAUCGGAAUUCAAGACCACAUCAACACUUUCAACAAUGAAGGAGGCAAAAAUGUCACUGGCCAUGAAGAAGAGGAGGUGAUCAAAGCCGAGGAUCUGGAUUAUGUUCACCCCUACGGCCUAGGAGACAACUUGCCGGACGUGAGAGGCUCUGUCGCAGCCCUGUGGAUAUCGGCUGAAGACAGGCCUCACCAUCGACCCAUUGGUAACUUUGGUCGUCGAGUCGAUACGAUUCGGUGGACUCGCAAUAGGCUCAAGGAGCUUAACAAGGAAAUCUUUCAAUUACGACGUCGAAUUCGGAGAGGCGAAGCCGAACCUCUGCCGGCCGCCUUCAUAGAAUUCGAUACCCAAGAAGCUGCUCAUGCGGCGCAGCAAGUUGUGGUGCAUCAUUUGCCGCUACAGAUGGCCCCCGGACUGCUUGGGAUUCGCCCAGAGGAGGUUAUAUGGAAAUCCCUUAGGAUGAGGUGGUGGGAACGCAUUAUUCGGCGCCUCGCGAUUCUUUGUGCCAUCACCGCCGCCAUCAUCUUUUGGUCCAUUCCUGCGGCUUUCGUCGGCAUUGUUUCCAACAUUGAUUUUCUGACCAAAGAAGUCCCGUUUCUUCAUUGGGUCGGCGAUUUACCUAGCUUUGUGAAAGGUGUUAUUGGUGGUUUCCUCCCGCCUUUUGCACUGUCUGUACUCAUGGCGCUGGUGCCAGUCCUCUUGAGAAUUUGUGCUGCACAGGCCGGAAUUCCUUCUCUCGUUAUCGGAGAGCUCUUUACGCAAAACGCAUAUUUUGCCUUUCAAGUCGUGCAAGUUUUCUUGGUGACAACCAUCACUUCCGCGGCCUCAGGAGCACUUCAAAGCAUCAUCGAGAAUCCACUCGGCAUCCAGUCACUUCUCGCACAGAAUCUGCCCAAGGCUUCUAAUUUCUACCUGUCAUAUAUUCUGAUCCAGUGCUUGGCUACUGGUGGAACCAGCCUCCUGCAGGCGUUUUCAGUGAUUCGCCAUGAAAUUGUGGCGAAAACCACUGAUGUGCCAAGGACACGGUUUCGAACAUGGCGCAAGCUUCGACCUGCUCGCUGGGGCGGCAUAUUUCCCGUGUUUACGAAUAUGGGUGUAAUUGCACUUUCAUAUGCCUGCAUUGCGCCAUUGAUUCUUGUCUUCUGCGCUGGAGGUAUGGCGUUUAUGGGGAUGGUUUGGAAAUACAACUUGAUCUAUGUUUUCGACACAUCGACGGAUAGUAAAGGUCUCUUCUAUCCACGUGCACUACAACAGCUGAUUAUCGGCCUUUAUCUGGCACAAAUAUGCCUGAUUGGCCUGUUGAUUCUAAACAAGGCAUAUGGACCUAUGGGGCUGGUCAUUGCUCUUUUGCUUCUCACAGGACUCAUUCAUUUCCUGCUGAGAGACGCCAUAUCGCGUCUCAUGUGGAAUCUACCACAAACACUGGCACUGGAGGAGCAGAUCCAAGAAGAGGAAAAGAUGAAGCUCGCCGCCGAGAGUGACAUUGCAGAAGCUGAUGGCAAUGAUGCUGGCGGUGCAGCUGCUGCCUACUUUGAUGUGGAACAAGCAUUUGGCGAAGAAGAAGAAGAGCCCGACACAGAGGAUACUGACGAAGACGAUCACCAUGUGGUCUCCAACAGGGGUCUGGAAGGCGCCAGCAGUCUCCGAAUGGCUGUAACGGCAUGGUUAAAAGCUGCUGCUAUGAAGAAAUUUAGCACCGAGGCAGACAAGUAUGGCAUUAAUGAAUAUCUAAGGAGGACAUUUGCUUUUCUAAGGAAUGGGGAUGGAGAGGAACCGCCAGGAUUUCUCAUCCGGUGGCUGCAUCCAGAGGAGCACGAAGACUUUGUGGCAUUACGCAAGCUGCUGCCUCAGGAAGAACGACCGCCGAUUGCAUAUAGACAAGGCGACAAGCGUGCAACCUAUGAGCCUCCGGAACUUUGGGAACCGAAGCCAACUCUCUGGAUCCCCAGAGACGAGGCAAGAGUGAGCAGACAAGAGGUGGCACAUACUCGGCUUUCUACGCCGAUAUUUGACCGUGGCGCAGAAUUGAGCAAGUCUGGGAGGAUUAUUAUUGAUGAUAUUGAUGCGGCUCCAUUUGAGGAGCACAGGCGGCUAUUGUAG